UUCACGCUUCCCCUUUCUCUCUCCUCACUUUCUUCGAACUUGGAAAUCUCAUGAACACGAACUUGCAUUGCCAAAUACACACGCAUCUGCCAUGGCGACCAAUCAAAAAAACUCUUACUGCAGCAACGGCGAUGGAAUGACCUCGUCGGCGUCGAUGAAGUCCAGGAGGAAGUCGGCGACCGUCUCCCGACUGAACUCUGAUGUCGAUGACAUCAUCAACGUCUUGCACGGCUCCGAUCCGGUCAGAAUCGAGCUUAAUCGUCUCGAGAAUGAUGUUCGAGAUAAAGAAAGGGAACUGGGAGAUGCUCAGGCAGAAAUCAAGGCACUGAAGUACUCAGAACGCUUGAAAGAGAAGGCAGUUGAAGAAUUAACUGAUGAGCUAAAGAAGGUGGAUAAGAAACUGAAAGCAUCCGAAUUUCUGUUAGAAAGCAAGAAUCUAGAAAUCAAGAAGAUAAACGAUGAGAAGAAAUCUGCUUUAGCUGCACAGUUUGCAGCAGAGGGAACUCUAAGAAGAGUCCAUGCUAAUCAGAGAGAUGAUGAGAUGCCCCCUAUUGAGGCCAUUAUCACUCCACUCGAGGCAGAGCUGAGACUGACACGGUUGGAGGUAGCGAAGUUGCAGGAAGACAACAGAGCACUGGAUCGUCUAACCAAAUCCAAGGAGGCUGCUCUACUGGAAGCUGAGAGAACUAUUCAGAUGGCUUUGGCAAAAGCAGCAAUGGUUGAUGAUCUGCAGAAUAAAAAUCAAGAUCUCUUGAAACAGAUUGAAAUUUGCCAGGAGGAAAAUAGAAUAUUAGACAAAAUGCAUCGCCAGAAAGUUGCAGAGGUUGAGGACCUUACACAAACUGUUCGUGAGCUUGAGGAGGCGGUUUUGGCUGGUGGGGCCGCUGCUAAUGCCGUGCGAGACUACCAGAGAAAAGUUCAAGAAAUGAACGAUGAGAAAAGAAUUCUGGACAGAGAACUUGCUCGAGCAAAAGUAAGUGCCAAUAGGGUUGCAACUGUAGUUGCUAAUGAAUGGAAAGAUUCAAAUGAUAAAGUCAUGCCUGUAAAGCAAUGGCUUGAUGAACGGAGAUUCUUUCAGGGAGAAAUGCAACAGCUUCGUGAUAAACUAGCCGUAGCUGAACGAACAGCAAAGGCUGAAGCCCAAUUAAAAGAAAAAUACCUGCUUCGUUUUAAAGUUUUGGAAGAAAAGCUUAAGCCAACCCCUAACUGUGUUUCCCGUGCCCCCACCACCGAACGAAGAAGCAUAAGCAAUGGCAGAGCUCGUCGCCAGUCUAUUGGUGGAGUUGAACUGUCCAGACAAUCCUCUAACAGUAGUUUAUUGAAAAGAUCAAAUUCACAUUCUGGAAGUAGAACAAAUGCUAGUAGCAUUCUUCUAAAGCACGGAAACACAUCGUCUAUGUCUUUUGACGGUGGCAACAACAAUUCAGCUGCAAAAGCACCAGAGAAAGUCGAGGACGAGCCUGCUUCUCUUGGGAAUCAAUUCAGAAGCAGUGACAUGGGUUAUUUCCGUGAGUCUAUUGGGAAUGAUAACAGAAUAAAAACCGACAACGAAGAUUUUGUUUCUGGUAUGUUAUAUGACAUGUUGCAGAAAGAGGUUGUAACACUGCGUAAAGCUUGCCAUGAGAAAGAUCAGAUCCUUAAGGAUAAAGACGAUGCAAUCGAGAUGCUGGCUAAGAAGGUAGAGACGCUAAAUAAAGCUAUGGAAGUGGAGGCAAAAAAGAUGAGGAGGGAAAUGACUGCAAUGGGAAAGGAGAUAACGUCAAUGCGUAUUACUAGCAAGGAGCAGGAUCCAAGGGGACUGAGGAGUGGAGUUCGAGGCCAACAAAAUGUCUCUCACUCACAUUUAAGAAGGAACACAUGAAAUCUGGUGUGACAGACAAUAUACAGAGGAUCAGGAUCAAUCAUAAGAAAGAAAAAAGGGGCCAUAUAUGUUAAAGCUCAUAUGUGCAGUGGAUAUAGGCUGAAAUCAUAUGUAGGGAUCACAUCUCCUUUAUUUAAGCUCUGUUUUGGCUUGUAAAACAACUUAAGUCGGUUUUCUUGGCUUGUAUAUUUGAAUUUCUAAUGACACAAGGCGGUUCUUAUUGUAUUUGUGCAUUUUGUUUGGGUGUGAUCCUUCGGGUCUUAUGCCCAGCCAAUAUACAAAAAAAAAAAAAUAUUGAGCUGCUUUCUUUAUUAAUAUGCUUUUGACAUGUUCAGAAUAUGUGAAGAA